AAAUAAAAAUAAACAUAAAACUAUAAAAAAAGGAAAUUUGGAACAUAGUGGGGUUCGGAACCGAAGCAAGUGGUAAGGUAAGCACCGAAGCAAGAAAGAGAGUAGUGGGGAGAGGAGUAUAGUAUAAAGCACAGAUACAGAAAGAAAAAGAAAAGAAAAGAAAAAAAGGAACAACAAAGUAUUUGUAUCUGUGUUGUGUAAUUGUGUUACAGAGAAAAAGGCAAAGGUAACAAGAAGAAUAGAAUCUUCAUUCGUCUAUGUUUCAAUUCAUAACAUAAACCUUAAUAACAACAACAACACCAUCAUCAAGUAUAAGAUCAUAGAGAGAGAAAGAGAAGAGAUUCUUUCUCUUUAAUUCUUCUUUGUUGAUAAAGACAAUGUUGAUGACUUGAAUUUUGUCUCUCAACUUCAACAACAACAACAACAACAACUACCUUGUUUCUUUUGUUAUUAUGGCGGCAUUGUCUUUUUCAGUUGCAUCUGUUGUUGAGGAUGUUCUUCAACAACAUGGUACUCGUCUCAAAGAUCUUGAUUUGGAAUCUAGAAAAUCAGAAGAAGCUGCAUUCAGAAGAUAUGAAGCAGCAGGGUGGUUGAGGAAAAUGGUUGGAGUUGUUGCAGCUAAAGAUUUACCAGCAGAGCCUUCUGAGGAAGAGUUUAGGCUUGGUUUGAGAAGUGGGAUCAUUCUUUGUAAUGUUCUUAACAAGCUUCAACCUGGUGCUGUAUCCAAGGUUGUGGAGAGUCCUGUUGAUUCUGGACUAAUCCCGGAUGGAGCGCCAUUAUCGGCCUUUCAGUAUUUUGAAAAUGUUAGGAACUUUCUGGUGGCUAUUCAGGAAAUUGGAAUUCCUACCUUUGAAUCAUCUGAUCUGGAACAAGGAGGAAAAUCGUCGAGGAUUGUGAACAGUGUAUUGGCCCUUAAAUCUUAUAGUGAAUGGAAACAAACUGGGGCUAAUGGUGUGUGGAAAUUUGGUGGAACUAUCAAACCUGCAAUCAGUACAAAAUCUUUUGUGAGGAAAAACUCGGAGCCAUUUACCAAUUCGUUGUCAAGAACCAAUUCGUUGUCAAGAACCUCUUCAAUCAAUGAAAAAAAUGAAAAAUCUAUGACUGCUUUUGCCUCUGAUGUUGAGUCUAAUAAAAUGUCUAGUUCUCAUUCUUUAGGUAUGCUUGUUCGUGCAAUAUUAUUCGAUAAGAAGCCAGAAGAAGUUCCAACGUUGGUUGAAUCUGUUUUGACUAAAGUCGUGGAGGAGUUCGAGCAUCGCAUUGCAAGCCAGGAUGAACAGACAAAAACAACUUCAAGAGGUGCAGUGUCCCAAAGCAAUGGAGCUGUAUCAAAGUUUACUAUGGCACAUAAAAAGGUGGAUAACAAGAUUUCUAUAGUAACAAAGAAAGAGGAAUUCAUCCAUAAAAACCAUGUUGCUGAUGAGGAAUCAAAGAAACAACUUAUGAAGCAGCAAAUGCUCUUUGAUCAACGGCAAAAAGAUAUUCAAGAGUUAAAGCAUACAGUUCAAACCACCAAAGCUGGUAUGCAAUUCAUGCAAAUGAAAUUUCAUGAGGAGUUCUCCAAUUUAGGCAUGCACAUUCAUGGUUUAGCUCAUGCUGCUUCUGGAUAUCAUAGAGUUCUCGAAGAAAAUCGCAAACUAUACAAUGAAGUCCAGGAUCUUAAGGGGAGUAUUAGGGUGUACUGUCGAGUAAGACCUUUCUUAUCUGGACAACCAAACCAUUUGAGUACCGUAGAGAACAUAGAAGAUGGAGUUAUCACAAUUAAUGUUCCGUCAAAGAAUGGGAAAGGGCGCAGAUCCUUCAACUUCAACAAAGUCUUUGGACCAUCUGCAGCUCAAGGGGAGGUCUUCGCUGAUAUGCAGCCACUCGUUAGGUCUGUUCUUGAUGGUUUUAAUGUUUGCAUAUUUGCUUAUGGCCAAACAGGAUCAGGAAAAACUUUCACCAUGACUGGACCAAAAGAGAUCACAGAAAAAAGCCAAGGUGUAAAUUAUAGGGCUCUAAGUGAUCUGUUUUAUACAGCAAAUCAAAGAAAGGACACUUUUCGCUAUGAUGUGUCUGUUCAGAUGAUUGAAAUUUAUAAUGAGCAAGUCAGAGAUCUAUUGGUUACGGAUGGAACAACCAAAAGGUUAGAAAUUCGUAGUAACUCUCAAAGAGGGCUCAGUGUACCAGAUGCAAGCCUUGUCCAAGUAUCAUCAACGAAUGAUGUUAUUGAACUAAUGAACUUGGGCCAUAAGAACCGUGCAGUUGGAGCAACAGCCCUUAAUGACCGUAGUAGCCGAUCUCACAGUUGCUUGACUGUUCAUGUUCAAGGAAGAGACUUGACAUCUGGAGCUGUCCUACGCGGAUGCAUGCAUCUCGUUGACUUGGCAGGAAGUGAGAGGGUCGACAAAUCUGAGGCGACAGGUGAUAGACUGAAAGAGGCACAGCAUAUUAACAAAUCUCUUUCAGCUUUGGGUGAUGUCAUAGCUUCUCUAGCUCAGAAAAACCAACAUGUCCCUUAUAGAAAUAGCAAACUCACGCAAUUACUCCAAGAUUCGCUUGGAGGACAGGCGAAGACACUAAUGUUUGUUCACAUUAGUCCAGAGACUAAUGCUAUUGGAGAAACAAUUAGCACACUAAAAUUUGCAGAAAGAGUUGCGACAGUUGAACUUGGCGCUGCUCGAGUAAACAAGGACGGGGCAGAUGUCAAAGAGCUCAAAGAUCAGAUUGCUAGCCUUAAGGCAGCAUUGGCAAGAAAGGAAGGAAAUUCAGAACAUUCGAUAUCUGGCAGCCCUGGAAAAUAUAGGACAACGGCUAGUGAACUAUCACCCUAUCAUGCAAGCCAGCGGGCCGCAGGUAUCGUGGAUGGUCCCUUUGGGUGCCGACAACCAAUGUUUGAUGUUGGAAGCUUAGAGAGCAAUACUACAUUGAGGCAAAAAACUCAGAGCUUUGAAUUUGAUGAGAUAUUAACAAAUUCACCACCGUGGCCGCCAGUGAAUGGUCUUGUUCAAAACUGUGUGGAAGAUGAUGAUAAAGAAACCGGUACAGGAGAGUGGGUUGAUAAGGUCAUGGUAAACAAGCUAGAUGUGAACAAAACCGGUAACAUGUUAGGGUGUUGGGAACCAGAUAAUGGGAAUUUAUCCGAGGAAUUUUAUCAAAAAUAUCUCCAAGAUUCUUCCAAAGUAUACUCGGAGCGAUCUUACAAUAUGUUCAUGAGAGGCAACCAGUUUAACAUUGCUGGUUCAGAUGAUGCUGAUGAUGUUGAUGCUGCAACUAGUGAUUCCUCAGAACAUGACUUGCUUUGGCAAUUUAAUCAUUCCAAAGUUACAAGCAUAGCCAAUGGUAAUGAAUCAAAGGGUAGGAAACUUGUCUCAAAGUCAGCAAAAAGCCCAGCAGCAUUGAGCAAGAAUAGUAUUCAUUCGUCUACUGCUCCUUCACCUUCACGGAAACAAACGAAUGGUGUCUCACAUCGAACACCAACAAGACAACCAGUUCCUGUUGACAUAAAGCGUAAAACUGGGACUAGAAAGUGAAACAUGUUUCUUAUAAAGCACAUCAAGUGGGUGAUUUUUUUUUUUCCUUUUUUUUUUUUGUUUGUUCCUUGACAAUUUUUUUAGUUCGAGGAGAGAGAGCUUUUACACGAAAAAAAUUCAUAUAUUUUUUUUUUGCUGGGUUUAUGUUUGUAUUGUAAUCUGUUGUAUUUACACAGAUAAUGGAGCAAUAAUGCCCGUUGCUUGUACAUGUUUAUGGCAUGUCAUUCUUUUAUUUAACAUUAGAGCUUUCAGGUUAUGUAAAAAAUUGCAUCAGUUGUUUUGAUUUGAUUUGCUGGUUCCAGCCUAAUUUAUUUCUUAUCUUCUCUUGCUUGUACA